AUGUCAACUGAUUCAAUUUGUUUGUGCGGUAAAAAAAGAAUGGGUUUAAAUCUAACAAAUUGGAAUCGUCAUCAAUCGUCAUGUGCAGUGACCAAAUUAAAAGCUAAAAAAAUUUGUUCGGAUGUCACAAGUUUUUUUCGUAACCAUGAAUCUAUGCCGCAGAGUAAAAAUCCAUUCAAAAAAGUUAAACAACAAGAGUGUGAAAUAUUUGCAGAUCCAAAAUCUUGUACAAAAGAACAAAAUGUAAACAGUGAUUCAACGUUUAAUAUUGAGACUUCCUCUAUUGAAUCCCUCUCUUUAGACUUGAGCAGUUGUGAUCCAAUUAUAUUUGUUAAGAAAAAGUUAUCACUGGUCGAAAAGUUGGCAAUAAUUUCUAAAGGCCCCUUCCAGCCUAAAAAGAAUGAACUACCGGGAAACAAUUUUCCUCAAAAAUAUGGUCAUCGCUUUACCGAAGAUUAUUACUGGAGGAAACUUACUGGUGAUGAUCGUAACUCUGUAGCCAUUUUACCAUCGUUGGAGGAAAAAAAAAGAGAAGAAGUGGCCAUAAACAGAGACGUGGUGAAUACAUUGGUAGAAAUUACAAAGUUUCUCGGGAAACAUUCUCUUUCAUUUAGAGGUCACCGUGAGAAUUGGUCUGAGGCUAAUAAAGGCAAUUUUAAAGAUUUAGCAGAACUAAUUAGCAAAUGGUCACCUUCGUUGGCUAUACAUAUUGAAAAAAUAAAAAACAAAGGAAGAAAAGAAGUGAACUUUUUGUCUUGGGAGAGACAAAAUCAGCUUAUCGAUUCUGUGGCUUCGUGUAUCAAAUUAGUUAUCAUUAAACAGUUAAAAGAGUCUCGAUAUUUUAGUGUUUCUAUUGAUACUACUUUUGAUAUUUCUAAAAAAGAGCAAUUGGCAUUUAUUAUUCGCUAUGUUAAUUUUGAAAAAACGAUACCAGUAAUUAACGAACGUCUUUUAGCUUUGAAAGAAUCAUCUAUAACAUCUGGAAUAAAUCUUUUAACUAUUUUCCAAGAAAUCUGUGCUGAAAAUGGACUGAAUUGGAGACGGUUUUUAGUAGGACAAAGUUAUGAUGGUGCAGCCAACAUGCGUGGAGAAUAUGCUGGCCUUCAAGCACUUGUGUGUGCAAAAAAUCCUGCUGCUACAUACACUUGGUGUUAUGCUCAUCGUUUGAGCUUAAUAGUUGUUCAAGGAUCUAGCAGUUCGCAAAAUGCUGUUGACUUAUUCGGCAAUUUAGAAUCUUUAUACGCGUUUAUUACAAGUAGCAAAAAAAGAGUUUCUUGGUUUGAUAAUGCACAGAAAACACAUUAUCCAAAACAACGAGUCCAUCGACUAAAACGUGUUGAGACAACACGUUGGUUUUCACUUUCAUCUGCAUUAAAUACAGUAAUUAUAACACUUAAUGCUUUGAUAGAUACCUUAAUAAAAAUACAGCAAGAUGAAGGAUGCGUAGAUUUUAAAAGUGGAGCAAAAGCAACUGGUUUAAUUGAAUAUUUUCUUUCUGAACGAUUUAUUCUUACUGCCUUUUUAUAUAUUGAUAUUUUCUAUAUGGAGUUCUCACCUUUGCCCAUUCAUCGUCCAAGAAAAAAAAAACGAUUGCCAAGUGAACAAAUAGAAGAUAACCCUAUUACUGAUCCUAAAUAUGAAUUUAAAAUUAAAACAUACUUUGUUGCUUUAGACACAAUUAUCACUGCUAUUAAUGACAGAUUUACUUCUAAAUCUCAAAAUUUACUAAAAGAUAUUUCUCUCUUUUCUACUAAACGUUUAAAUGAAAUAAAAUGUAAAAACUCUGCUUUACCGAAGGAUGCUUUUAAUUCAUUUUGUGAUGUAUACUCAAAGUUUGUACAACUCGAUGAGUUAAAAAAAGAGUAUGUGCAAUUUGCCAAUUAUUUCUCUGAAUUUUCUAACAUCAUGAAGUUACCCAAAAGUAUUCACAAUGAUUAUAGUGUGGAAGUUUGUGAUGAAGAUAAUUUGUCGGAUAUUGAUUUAUUGAAAUUAUGCCAUAUGUCUGGAUUAAAAGAAGUGUUUCCAACUCUUUAUACUGCACUUCAUAUUGCGACCACAUUGCCUGUUACAAAUAGUGAAAACAUAUUGGACAGGCAAAUAUUAAGCAAUAACUUAAAAAGAAAAGCUCAGGAAAAUCUUGAACGUCCAACAAAAUUAAUUUGCCAAGAGUUACUAGUCAAUGGUGAUAUUGAAGAGCUUACAACGCAUGAUGUUUUUACAGUAAGACAAAAUAUUCACGCUAGUCGAUCAAUUUUUUUCCUACUGCCCAAUAAGAACAGUGCUACUUAUAUACAAGCAUUUCGAUUUAUAGAGCAUCAUAUGAGGCCUGAAAUUAUUUUUGCUGAUUUUGAAAAGGCUAUUCACCUGGCAGUAUCUGAAGUUUGGUCACAGUCUAAAUUAAGAGGAUGUAGAUUCUGCUUAGGAUAG